AUGGCUCGCUUUCAGUUCGCUCUCGCCGCCAUGCUUGCUCUUGCUGCCAACAGCGCUAACGCCUUCACUGUUGGUUCGCCUUCUGGUAUCGCUGCCGGCACCACUGGCGGAGCAGGCGGCAAGACCGUGUACCCGACCUCCAACAGUGAGCUGGUGAACUAUCUCGCCUCGAACGACCCUCUUGUUAUUGUGCUAAACAAGACUUUCGACUUCCGUGGCACUGAGGGCACCACUACUGAGACGGGUUGCAGACCCGAUUACACUCGCGAGUGUAUGGCCAAGAAGAACGGCUACAAGAGUCAAGAUGUGAUCAUCUCGGGUGGAAGCAUGGCCAACACUGGCGGUUGCACCGGUGGCACCGAGGUCAAGAUCACCUACGACAACGCCGCUCGCAAGCGCAUGACUGUGACGGGCAACAAGACCAUCCGUGGCAUUGGUAAGAGCGGUGUCAUCAAGGGCAAAGGUCUGAUGCUAGACGGUGACAACAUCAUUCUGCAGAACAUCCACAUCACAGAGCUGAACCCGCACGUGGUAUGGGGCGGUGACGCAAUCUUUAUGCAGGGUAAGCAAGCCACCACUCCACUCAACAAGAUUUGGCUCGACCACAUCAAGGUGUCCCGUGUCGGCCGUCAAAUGGUUGUCACGAACAAGGCUGGUGUGGCCUCGAUGACCAUCAGUAACUCCGACUUCGACGGAAACACCGAGUACUCUGCGACGUGUGACGGACACCACUACUGGACCUUCCUGUUCUACGGUAAGAACACUGGUGUCAGCAUGCUCAACAACUACGUGCACAGCACCUCCGGUCGCUCGCCUAAGGUUGGUGGCAACCCGAACGAGCACGUCGUCGUGCAUGUGGCUAACAACCAGUGGGGCAACAACUCUGGUCACUCGUUCGAACUCGGUAUCAACGCGUACGUGCUGGCCGAGGGCAACUACUUCGACAACACCAAGCAGCCUCUAUUUGCUGGUUCGGACGGCUCUCUUUAUGCUGCGACCAACAGCGAUGAAUGUUCCAAGUACCUGGGGCGUUCAUGCGCAGCUAAUACGCUCGUUGACAGCGGCACUUUCGCGUCUCGUAACGGUGGGAACGCGCUUAAGACGAUCAAGGGUGUCUCUACUGUCGUGAAUUACAAGCCCGAUACCAGCAAUACGAAGAGCGAUCCCAAGCAACAGCAGAAGCCGUCCAAGUCGAACGGAUCGAAGAAGGAGGAGCAGCAGCAGCAGCAACAGCAACAGCAACAGCAACAGCAGAAGCCGUCCAAGUCGAACGGAUCGAAGAAGGAGGAGCAGCAGCAGCAGCAGCAGCAGCAGCAACAGCAACAGCAACAGCAGAAGCCGUCCAAGUCGAAAGGAUCGAAGAAGAAGGAGGAGCAGCAGCAGCAGUCUUCCAAGACGGGUGGCUCGGACCAGCAGCAGAUUCAGCAGGGCCAGCAAUGGGGUGGCUGGAUGCCGUACCAAGGUGGUUCGGAUCCGAGCUUUGGAUCUCAAUCUAGAAGGCUGGCUGUCGACACGAGAAACUUGGAGAACGAAUGGAAGCAGACCACGGGCAACUUCGGUGUUGGCAAGUUGGACUAA